AAGAAAUAAUUGCAUGCAUUUAGAGUGAAGUGAAUGCAAAGCAAUUGAAAUGAUAUGUGAAUCGAGUGCUCAAUAGAUGGCAACACAUGUCACUCAAUACACACACAACACGUGUUUCACACAAACACUGAUUGGCAUUAAUUGUUGUGUUUAGUAGUGAUUGUGAAUUGAAUUUAGAAAUAAUGGCUAAGAGUUUGAGGAGUAAAUGGAAACGAAAGAUGAAAACAAUCAAACGGAUCAGAUAUGGAGACAAAGAACUGACCAAAUUGAAGGACAUGUGCGACAAACGAGACGCCAAAGAAAAGGCGAACACCAUCGGCGCCGAAGACAAAGACAUUGAGAUGAAAGUGAUUGGAAGCGUUGUCGCGGCCACUGAUGUGGACAUGAAAGAGCCGAUGACUACACGAAGUAGUAAAUCACUAUUGGAUGAGUUCGGACACUAUCCUCAAUGGAUGAAUCAAAGACAGAUUAAGAAACACCAAAACAAACGCAAAGUUAAACGACUUAAGGCUAAGAAUACUAAAAGUAAACGCAAAUAAUAUGUUUGUAAAACAUGCCAU